AUGCUGCCACGAGCGGUUCCCGACAAGCACGCACACUUGAGCUCCUCCGCGCUAUCUCCGGAUGAGCAACGGAGCGAUUCUAUUUUCUCAUCGACCUUUCGGCUAGCUCGUGCCAUGGCAGACCGGCCGGGAGGCUCGUUGCCAGCCUUGCCCCGUCCGGCCAGGUCCCGGAACGGCCUAGCGUCAACGGAGUCCUCGUACCCGUUCCGCCGCCGCGUCCAGCCCCACGCGCCCGCAAGCUCCGACGGCCAGCUCCUUGUCUUCCUCGCUUUCGCCGUCACCCUCGCCGCCCUCCUGGUCCUCGCCGGCGUCACCCUCACCGUCGGCUUCGUCGCGCUCGUUGCCAUCAGCCCGCUCCUGCUCAUCACCAGCCCUCUCUGGGCGCCGCUGGGGCUUCUGGCCAUCGUGGCGGAAGGCGCCCUGCUGCUCGGCUGCGGCCUCGCGGUGCUUGCGCUGGGCGCGGGCACGUGGGCGCACAGGCGUUUGACGGGGCGGCAUCCGGUGGGCGCGCAUCGGGUGGGCUACGCCUACCCGCACCUGGACGUGGCCGGUUCGCCGGCGUGGCGGGCCACGGGACGAACCACCACGGGCGGUCGUCGGAGGAAGUACGCCGCACCUGGGGCAUAGCCACCGUGUAGGCGGUUUGGCUGCCGCCGAACAGGCUCUAUUUACUGUGCAUUCCGUUUUCCUGGCAUACCCACUGUACUU